AUGGGUUUAUUAUUAUCUCCAAAUGAGCAAUUCUUCCAGUCUUGUCUUGACAUUACUUUCUAUAUUGUUAUUAUUCAAGUAGAAUUGCGCGGUUUCAAUGCGCGGUACGACAACAAACACCCUUACCGCAACACAAUGAUUAUUUCGUCUGCCCUCCGCAUCGGAUAUGAAAUCAAGACCACCAACAUGAAGCGCCUCGAGGUUGAUCCACCAUUUGAAGUUCUCUACCCAAAGGAGGAUGUCCUCCUUGUCGUCUCUUGCAAUGCUUUUGCUAUCGGACAAGAGGACAAUAACAAUGAACGUAUCACUGUUAAAUGA